AUGAAACGGCUGUUGAACAUUCGGCGUACCCAGCCUCCCCAGGAACCCCAGAAGUGGGUCCCCAUUCUUGGGGAGCUGCAGAAGACCCUCCAGAAGGGCGAGUACCUGCCCCUCCGCCCGCUGCCCAUGUUCGAGAGUAACUUUGUCCAGGUGACCAAUCGUGGAGCUCCUGCGUUUGUGCACCACCAAACCAACAAGCUGACUAUGGGCGUAGCGGCAUCCCUGCCUGGUCUAGUGCUACCUGACAUUCUGUUGCUUGCUCGGCCCCCCGAGAGUAGAGAGUGCUCCAAUCUGAACCUGACCAGGAUGAUUCCACUAGACCUUGCCCACCUCUAUGUCCACGAUCUGUCCUCCUGGCGCCUGAAGCUGCGUCUGAUCACCGGCCGCUAUUACUACCUGGAAUUGGAUGCCCCUGACCACGAACUAAGCUUCCUGUUUGACCGCUGGAUUCGCCUCAUCAACCUGCUUCAUGAACCUACCAUAUCUUGGGCACCCAGGACCUUAAACACGAGCCCUCUGAACACGCCCGUAAACGGAGCGCCAGCCUCCACCUGGCGCCUUCAGGUGGGGAUUCAGACCACUCUGGGCGUUGAAGCUACUGAGCGCACCUUUCCUUACAAAAUAUUCCCUUCUCGAAAACAAAGGAAGACCAAGGUGAGGCAACCAGGGCUUACAGUCAAGCAAAGACUUAGGUCUCAGGCUGUGGGUGACUCUCUGCCUCUCAUCUGGUCACAUCUGCAACCUGCUGAGCAUCUGGAAGUCACAGAAAAGAAAUCCUACCUAGAUGCCUGCCCCGAUGGAUCCAAAACUCUAAUCCAUGUUUCUGAGAAGGCUAGUAUCACCAUCCGGACCAUUUUUAGCAUCAUCUCUGGCACGAUGAACCAGGCCCACAGAUCUGAUUCUGAGGGAGCCACAGGCCGGGGCCAUCUGAUUGAGACUCCUACACAGUGUGUCUCUCACGACAGUCCUGAUUUACCAUUCAUGAACUCCUGUGAUAACAUGGACACCUUCCUGUGGAUGAAGGACUUUGAAGAUCUCAUAGACGCUGAGUCCACCACACUGUCUUCUUCCUUGCACAUGGCCCCUUACCCUCCUGCCUUCUACAUUUUCCCACCGAGUCCCUCCUAUCCAAAGUCCAGUGACAAGGCCAGGUCCAAAGACCCAAAGAAAUAUGUGGGGCCACUGUCCUCCCAGAAGGCUGCAUCUGUCCCUGUCACAUCAGGGAAAACACCGUUCAUUUUGGACAAGUCUAGUAAGGUACCAGGGGAAUCGGCUCCAGCUCAGAAGGCCCCAGGCCUUCCCGCUCCAUCUCAGAAGGCCCCAGCGCCACCAUGGUCCGCCCAGAAGUCUUCAGCCAUACCUAGCCUCUCCUGUAAGGGUCCACCUUCUGCUUCCCAUAAGGCCGCACCCAUUCCUGGACCCUCCCGGAAGACCCCAGUUCUUGUAGUCCCACCCCAAAAAAAUUUACCCCCAAUCCCGAAGCUUCUACAAGCACCCCAAGCUCUCCAGAAGGCCAUGCCCCCAAAGAAGGACUGUCAAGCCCCAAAUACUCAAUCUCAGAAGGCUCCGACCGUCCGGUCUCAGAGACCUCCUGACUCAAGGGCAAAGGCCCCUGGGGAUGCCAGCAGGUUACCGGCAGGAGACAAGCUUGAGAGAAAGCCUGAAGGGAAACAGGAGCCUGCGGUAUUGGUGGGAGGGCAAAAGACGAAAGUAGUAGACAUGAAGACCCAGGCCAUGUCCCUGCAGCUGCCCAAUGCCACCACCAAGAAGCAAUCCAAGGAGAUCUUGAUUAGCAAAACCCAGGAGGUCACUCUGGAGGCCUUGAAGGCCAGAGGCAAGGUGGAAGACAGGGCCCACAAAGUGAAGGAGGAGACAGCCGUGAACUUGCCUGAUCUGAAGUCAAAGGAGAGAGAGACGCAGAAGAAAUGGAUCCUGACCCAGAAGGUGGCUGUUGAGGGCCCCCACAUAGACGACAACAGGCCCUUCUCUGUGGAGGGGCUUGCUCUUGCCAAGAUGAUGAUCAUGGCCAACUCCAAAGAGCAGCACCUGAAGCCAGCUACCAUCUCUCUGCCCACCUGGUUCUCUGUGACUUCCAAGGGGUCUCCCACGUCUAUGCUGGCCAAUUUGCCCUUUAACUCCAGCCCGAUGACCUUCCCAGAGCAGGGACAUGUAAAAGUCAUGGGACAAGCAAGUUCCCAAACUAAGGUGAAGGAGAACACGCAGCCCCAGAUGGAGGGGAAGCCACCCGAGGACUCGCUGAGGACUUCCAAGGAACCUGCACCUGAUCUGCCAAAGAUGUACCAAACUCCAAAGUUUGGCACCACCAUACCCACCUUAGAUUCUGAGGACCCAUACCAGCCAUUGACAUCCGUCACAUCCCUCAUCUCUAAGACAGAGACCUCAGUCAGGGUGCCUCAAAAGCCUGGGGUGAAAGAUCAAGGACUCAAGCAAACACAGCAGCAGCCUGUGGCUGUCGCAGGGCCAAACUCGGAAGUUCUCUUUCCCAUCACUUUGGAGAUAGAGAAUAAGAGAAAAAUGGAGGAGAAAAAUGAGCCAGGCACUCCAGACUGCAGUAUGGUGCCACCUACACUGAGAGUGGGUCUUCCCACCUCCGUUGGCCCUCACAGAUGUGCCCAGAUGUUUGUCUCCUGGGUGACCCUCAAUGGCAUCAAGUUGACGGUGCCAGACCUGCAGAAUGCUAAAGCCAGAGCAGCAGUGGGAGGCUCAGGGAAGCGAUUCCCAGAUGACUGA